UUGAAAUUUGAAAUUUUUAGCUAUUGUCUUUCUUCUCGGUUGCUGAGGUGCGGCUGCGCCACGGGUGUUCCAAGUGAUUGCAAUAGAGUUAACACCGCUCUUGCUGAUGACUACAAAAUCUGCAAGGUUAGAGUUACAGAAACAGCUGUUGUUCCAACUCCUACCGUACACCCACAUGGUUUGACGUCCAUCUCGGUGGUUGUUCCUCGAUUUUUCAAUGAGCCACCGUUUGACACCUUACAACCAUCAAGAUUAACGCUUUUGGCUGAUUUUGCCACGAGGGAACCGCCCUUGUGCGAAGAUCAUCCAAGUAUCACUGCUCAAAAAUGGGGUAAAAAUCAUUGCACACUUCGGGUUCGCCUCGCUAUGCCGGGGAUCGAUCACAAAUCAGACGAUCAUUAUUACUACGACGAUCAAUCACCCCUCGAAACGGAAUUUUCGAUGGACAUGUUUGAAAAGGCGGAGUAUGUGCGAUUUUUCGUACAAAUCAACGUGGAAAGACAUUUGAAAGGCAAGGUAUGCUCGAUCUUGUAA